AUGUUUAUAGCCAAGCAGGUGUUCAAGUACCUUCAGAUGGCGAGGUUGCCACUUUCUCACGUCUUCACAUUCCCAAUUCAACAAUUGACGAUUCAACAUUUUCCUAUUGCUUGUCGAAUUCCAAAUGCCAUGCUUAAUUUGGCUGAUAAAGAUAGUGAAGAAAAAGAAGAUGAUUUGCUUGUGAAGCAUGAUCAGACUUUUAGUAUUUCACCUAGAAAGGAUACCAAUGUUGAAUCGAAUUUCAAAGAGUUAUGUAUUCCUAAUGUCACUAUGAAUGCAUCUGAUGUGGAUACAAACAUCAAUUCUAGUGAACAUAUUAUCACUUCACUCCCUCACCAUAUUACAGUCACACCACCUAGAGUUCCUAUUUAUGAGUCCAAUAUAGAUGAAGGUGGGACUUCAAACAUCACUAAGAACUUAUCUACUAAGGACUCAAAUUUUAUCAUGGGUGAAGGAAGUUUGACAUUAGCGAUUGAGACAAUAGCUAUUCCACCACCACAAACUUCAACAAUUCCACGAACAUUAGUUCCAUCUGUAUCACCAACACUUCAAGGAUUUAUGAAUGAUCCAAUCACUACAUUAUUAUUUUCUCAAUCAACAGAACCAGAGAUAUAG